AUGGCGCUGACAACAGCAGAUGCCGGACCCAUCUACAACCUUUUAGAAGCAGCUCUUAACGAGGCUACAAGGAAAGAGGCGGAACAGGCUCUUAACGCGUACGAGACCCGCGUGGGUUUCUGCUCAUGUCUCCUGGAGAUCAUAUCGCGCAAGGAGCUGGAUCAGAAGGGCGGAGCCAGGUGGCUGGCGGCGGUGUAUUUCAAGAACAGCAUCAACAGAUACUGGCGGGCUAGACGAGAGACACAGGGCAUAUCAGACGAGGAGAAGCCAGCGUUGAGAGCACGGUUGUUGGACUUAGUAGCGGACGAGAACAGCCAAGUGGCCGUGCAGCUGGCGGUGCUGAUUGCUAAGAUCGCUCGCAUUGACUACCCCAGAGAAUGGUCAGAGCUAUUUCCCACUCUCCUGCAGAAGCUUCAGACGCAGGACCCUCUGCUCACACAGCGCACCUAUCUAGUGCUAAACCAUGUGCUGAAGGAACUCUCAACUAAGCGCCUGAGUGUGGAUCAACGCACCUUCGCUCAGGUGACCAGCCAGCUGUUUGAGCCCACGUGGGCGCACUGGGUGAGAGACACAGGGUCUCUGCUGCAAGGUCUGAGUGCUCUCGAGUCUGGAGGGUCAGACCCAGCAGCAGCAGCAGGAGCAGGGGCAGCAGGGGGGGCGCUGAUGCUGUUGUGUGAGAGGUGGCUGCUGUGUGUGAAGACUCUCCGUCGCAUGCUUGUGUUUGGUUUCCCUUCUGACUUCAAAUCCGUUCAGGCAAGAGGUUCCGGUACUGGAACAAGUUGUGCCCGCGUUUCUCGAAGCAGCGCAAUCGCUCCUCAACUUCCGGAAUAUCUCCCAGCAGCGCCCAGCCCUGCAACCCCUGCACACCUUCCUCUCCCGCGCGGCAGUCAAGCUCCUCAAAACGCUCCAUACAAGCAGAACCCUACUGGGCACGUGGUGGGAGCGGCAGUGGCAUCAGCGGAGGAAAUGAGGGGGAAGCUGUCAGGCAUGGCGCGGCAUCAGCUGCAGUCUUUUUUUACACAGGAGAAAGUGGUUACGCUGGGAGGUGUGCUCGUGCAACGCUACUUGGUGUUGACAGCAGCGGAUUUAGAAGAAUGGGGAUCUGACCCAGAGGUGUUCUAUCACGAGCAGGGCGCCGUGCAGUGGAAGGACAAGCUGCGGCCGUGUGCUGAGGCGCUGCUAUUGCUUCUGUUCGAGCAAUUCAAGGAGGUGCUAUCCCCCGCGCUGAUUGACAUGCUGCGGCAGUGCAUGGAGGCAUGCCCCCCGCCGGCUUCCCCCGAUGCCGACGUGCCUGUGACCCCGGCUCUACUGCUCAAGGAUGCAUGCUACGAUGCUGUGGGGGUGGCUUGUUACGAUCUACAUGAUGUUGUGGACUUCAAGACGUGGUUCACCACUGCGCUCCUACCAGACAUGGCAUGCCGCCAUCCCAACGCGCGAAUCUUGCGCAGGCGGGCAGCUUGGAUGGUGGGGCAGUGGGUGGGCAAGGUGGAGGGGGAGCUGUGCGUGCCAGCCUACCAGGCGCUCAUCUCCCUGCUGCCUGAUGAAGACCUGGUGGUCCAGCUCACAGCAGUCUCUUCUCUCCGCACGCUGAUAGACGACGUGCAUUUCUAUGAGGACCAGUUCGCUCCUUUCCUCGACACGGCAGUGCAGCUGCUCUUCCGAUGCCUGCAGCAGGUGUCGGAGUUUGACUCACAGCUGCAGAUAGUGAACGUUGUGUCGCUCAUCAUAGAACGCAUGGGGGAGAAAAUUGUUCCAUUGGCCGACAAGAUCCUCUCAUGCUUGCCCCAGGUGUGGGAGCAAUCAGAGGGGCAGCCGCUGCUGCGCAUUCAGGUCAUGCAGGCAUUGCAGCGGCUCAUCGUGUCCCUCGGACCGCAGUCCCCCAUCUCCUACCCGCUGCUCUUCCCCAUCCUGCGAUACAGCACCGAUAUUUCACAGCCAGAUGAACUCAACAUGUUAGAAGACGGGCUGCAGCUAUGGCAAGCCACUCUACGCCAUGCACCAGCCAUGGUACCGGAGCUCAUGGCUCUCUUCUCCAACCUCGUGCCCAUCAUGGACCGCAGCUUCGAACACCUUCCGGUGGCAACAGCAAUCAUGGAGAGCUAUGUGCUGGUGGGCGGGCCAGCGUUCCUGCAGCAGCAUGCGGGGAGCCUCGUGUCAAUGAUAGAUGCGGUGGUGGGGAACGUGAAGGAGAAGGCGAUGCUGCUGGUGGCAGGACUUGUCGAUCUGAUUAUCCAGUGCUACCCAGCAGAAGCCCCUCCUGCCCUCGAGUCAGUCCUUCAGAAACUGCUGCUGAUAAUCGUCGGUCCAACGGAAUACUCCGACCUCGUUAGAGGCACAUGCGCUACAGUGCUCGCGCGUGUGGUCCUUCAGAACAGCUCCUACUUCGCCCAGUUCAUAUCUGCCAACUCCACCCGCCUGCUCCUGCAACAGCAAUCAGCAGCAAAGGGCAACGCGCCCCCUCUUGCCUUAUUCCUUGAUGCAUGGUUGGAUAAGGUCGACUCUGUCUCAGUUCCAGCGAAGCGGAAACUCUCCACUCUGGCCCUGGCAGUUUUGUUGACGAUGCCUGAGCCGCAGAUACUGGAGAGACUCGACCUCAUCCUCUCGGUCUGCACGGGCUCUCUUGGAGACGACAACCCUGACAACACGCCACUGCUGCCGGACAUCUCCACUGUUGGGUGA